CAGAAGUAGAACAACAAGCUUGAGGUAUUGUGUUCGUGUGCAAGAGACAUGUAAUUUUCAAAGGAUAUGCAUAUUGUUUGUUGUUUUCGAUGAGAUUAAGCUCUUUAUCUUAUGUAGGCGUAUUUUUGCCUCUUUUUCUUCAAAGAUAUUUGGAAGAAUUAUGAAUCAGAGUGAUCUAUCAAAUGUGAUCUGCGAUGAAACGUCGGCUUGAGGAGACAGUGAAAGCAGCUGAAAGUAGUGGAGGGUAUUCACAUCCCUCGAGUCCCCUCUCCCCACCCCCCACCCGGAACCUUCCCAGGACACUCCCUACAGUUAACCAGCCAACUUAUGCGCCAGCUGUGAAGCCAGCUACGGAGUUAAGGAGUGUCCAGGGAUUUACAACAUACCCUACCACGAUGCCUGCAAUUACGCCUACUCUUAAGCCUGCUGUGUCAGGAGGUGCGCAGACGAUAACCAAUAUACAUACAUUGCAGACCCCCACUCCCCUCCGCAAGAUUCACAAUACAACCAUGACACCGUCGGCAACUACAGUAACAACUGCUCAGCAACAACAGCAGAUUCAAAGGCUUAAAGUUGAAGAUGCACUGAGCUAUUUAGAUAUGGUCAAGUACAAAUUUGGGGACCAGCCUCAGGUUUACAAUGACUUUUUGGACAUCAUGAAAGAAUUCAAGUCGCAGAGCAUUGAUACACCUGGUGUCAUCGAGCGGGUGUCAAGUCUUUUCAAUGGCCACCCAGAACUUAUCGUUGGAUUCAAUACAUUCCUCCCACCCGGAUAUAAGAUUGAAGUAAAGACUAGUGAACAAGGCUAUUCAUUUCAAGUGCAAGUAAGCAUGCCUUCUCCCAGUGCUGCCACGACAACACUGGUGCCUGCAGCUCCGACAGUGCACCACACCCAUAUACCUACAACUGUGAUGCCUGUAGCAACCACUAAGCCUCUGUUGCUGUCUGGUACAACAAUUGUGAGCCACGGCAGCACUACAGCGGCUGUUGUACCCCCUCUGCCACCCCCUGUGCCGGCGACUACACCUCCACACUUCCCAAACCACACAACUACCAACAUCACGCAAGUACAAGCGCACCAGGCCGUCUCACAAGCGUUGAGUCAUGUAGACAACGCCCAGCCUCCAACUCCCUCCAGCCAACCGGUUGAGUUCAACCAUGCCAUAAACUAUGUCAACAAAAUCAAGAACCGUUUCCAAGGGCAGCCUGACAAGUACAAAAGGUUUCUAGAGAUUCUACACACUUACCAGAAGGAACAGAGGAAUCUGAAAGAGGUUGCUGGAAGUGGAGGUCAAGCAACCAACACCAAGCAACUUACUGAAGCUGAGGUUUACUCACAAGUAGCCAAGCUGUUUGAACACCAAGAGGAUUUAUUAGCAGAGUUCGGACAGUUCCUGCCAGAUGCUACAAACCACCAAACUCAGCUGGCCGUGUUUCAGUCCCGGCGGGGAGAAGAAACCGCCUCAGUGAACCGUAAACCUACCAUAAAUGUCAAGAUGCCCUCUUCCUUCAACAGUAGCUCUGUCAGUCCUAGCCCCAGCCCUGUCCCAGUCAAGCUUUGUACCCCUGCACCUACCACAGUCACCACCACCCCUCAUGUGGAGCCUCCUCACUCGGCUCAACCAGGUCUGAAGCGAUCUCCUUCAAUAACACUUCACCACUCGUCUCCCUCGACCUCCCACCACACUACUCAGCAUCCCCCAGCCAAGAAGCAUAAACCUAACUUCGCCUUUCGAGACAUUUCUCUUUCCGAGGCAGCCAAGUUUGGCACCCUCACAGAUUUUGCCUUCUUUGAUAAGGUAAGAAAGGCCGUGAGGUCCCAAGAGGUCUAUGAUAACUUCCUGCGCUGCAUCGCCCUGUACACCCAGGAAGUGGUGUCUAGGGCAGAGCUUCUUCAGCUGGCCACCCCUUUCCUGGGAAGGUUCCCAGAGCUUUUCAGAUGGUUCAAGGAAUACAUAGGCCAUGCUGACGGGCCUCCAGUACAUCUCAGCUCUAGUAUAAACUCUCCGCCCCACCACACCCUCAGUGGGGGAGACAACUUGCUCAACAGCCUCAACAGACCAGACCGUCCCACUGGAGAACAGGGUGAAAUAGAUUUUGCCUCGUGCAAGCGUCUUGGUGCCAGCUACUGUGCCUUGCCCAGGAAUCAUCAGCAGGAGAAGUGCAGUGGACGCAACGCACUAUGCAAGGAGGUUCUCAACGAUACUUGGGUGUCCUUCCCUACAUGGUCCGAGGAGUCCACUUUUGUCACUUCUCGCAAGACGCAGUACGAGGAAUAUAUCUAUAGAUGUGAAGACGAACGGUUUGAGCUUGAUUUAGUUCUGGAAGUGAAUGCGGCAACUAUCCGUGUACUUGAAGGAGUUCACAAGAAGCUCUGUCGAAUGUCAACAGAAGAAGUAGCCAAAUUCCAUCUGGACGAUUGCUUGGGGGGAAAUUCACCCACAAUACAUCAAAGAGCUCUUAUGAGAGUUUAUGGAGAUAAAGGGCCAGAUAUUAUCGAUGGGCUGAAGAAGAAUCCUGUAGUAGCUGUGCCCGUGGUGCUGCGAAGGCUCAAGGCCAAAGACGAAGAAUGGAGAGAGGCUCAGAAGGGCUUUAACAAGAUAUGGAGGGAACAAAAUGAAAAAUAUUAUUUAAAGUCAUUGGACCACCAGGGUAUUAACUUCAAACAGAAUGACAUGAAAGCUCUACGGUCCAAGUCAAUGUUCAACGAAAUAGAAACGUGUUAUGAUGAGCGUCAUGAACAAGUGGAGGCUGGAGACCCGACUGCUCUGCCUGGGCCUCAUAUGGUUCUGCCCUACAAAGACAAGUCGGUGUUGGAUGAUGCGGCCAACCUCCUUAUACACCAUGUCAAGCGGCAGACCAGUAUAAACAAGGAAGACAAGCAACGGAUCAAACAUAUGCUGCGGGUUAUGCUGCCGGACUUCUUCCAUCAUCCUCGACAGGAGCUCAGUGAGGACGAGAGAGACACAGCAGACGACAACAAAAGUGGCGCCCCAGCCAGUCCGAAUCCUGAAAUUGGUACGAACAAUAAGAGCAGAUCUGACGACAAAUCUAGAAGCAGUGAAAAUGAAGACGUUAAGUUACCCAUACACGCUCUCUCAUCCCAUCCGGAUGAAGCUUACACUCUUUUCUUCGGCAAUGGGAACUGGUAUUUGUUCUUUCGGCUUCAUCAGAUCCUCUGUGAUAGAUUGACACACAUCUACGAACAAGCUAACAUUUUGAUACAAGAAGAAGGAAAGUUUAAAGAGUUGAGGUCUGAUGCAGCUGCUCAGUCUCUUAGGCUCAAGCCUAAAUGUGAAUUCUUAGCGGAAGUGGAAGUUGAAGAUUACUAUUCAGUAUUUUUGGAUAUGGUGAAGAACGUGUUGGAUGGAAACAUGGAUGCCAACACUUAUGAAGAUACUCUUAGAGAGAUGUUUGGGAUCCAUGCCUACCUCGCAUUUACUUUGGACAAAGUUGUUAUUUAUUCUGUUAGACAGUUGCAGCAUCUGGUAUCAGAUGAGCCGUCCUCCAAGUGUGCAAGUUUGUUCCUGAAGGCAAACACAAGGGGAGGAGCGGGAGGAUCUUGUGUCACAGCUCACCAGCGCUCUGCUGCAGAAGCUUCCUAUCAGCGCAAGGCAGAGACUGUACUUGAGCAUGAAAACUGCUUUAAAAUCAUCAUUUACAAGAUUGAUUGUAAAUUGACUAUAGAAAUUCUUGAAAUAGAUGUCGAUGAAAAUGAAACUUCAAACAGAGAAGCUGAAAAAUGGUCUGCAUAUGUUGACAGAUACACUAAGAGCGAAAUUGAGAAAGACGAUGAAUUAGAUGAAGAAGAGCAAGAACGAAGGCUGUGGGGAAAAGCCAUCUUCUUACCUCGAAAUGUCAGGUUGUGGCGGGAGCGAGUAGCCAACAACAAAAACAAGAUCCCACCUAAGAUUGAUUCGUGUGAUGACACGGAAUGUAAAUUCAAUCUCAACUCGUACAAGAUGGUGUUUGUCCUGGACCGUGAGAGUUACCUGUAUAAGAGACAAGCGCUUCAGAAAGCCAAACAGACUCACAGGAAAUUGAGUCUACGAAUGAGCAUGAAGUUCCGCUUGUGGCACCAGAACUGGGCUCGUACACACUUGACAAUGCAGCAGUACGACUUUGCCACGGAGUGGAUGAUGGGUAAUCUACCGGACUACCAACCUAACCACACGAUCGUGUUGUCUGACAACCCUGUGGACAAAGCUCCGUACCGAUCAUACAAUCGUUACCGAGUCUCUCGCUCCCAACCCAAGUAAACAUACUCGUGGAGUCUUUACACAUAAGCCCUAACGUUUUUGUUUCAUAUAAAGCUAUAUUUUGUAUAAAGGUUGAAAUAUAGUUUAGUAUAUAAAUGAUUCUCAUUGUAUAAUAGAUUUCAUUCCGUUAAAGUAUUGUCAAAUUUUUAUUUAAUUAUUUGUAUGAUAAUAUUGUGCAUAUAUAUAUCAUUCCCUCUUUGUCAAAAUUAUUUUAGAUACUUGGCAAACGGUAUUAACAUGCUAUUGCAAACAAAUAUGGUUUAAAUGACUAUUUCAUACACCGUAUUCAUUUUGCUCUCUUAAAAACUGUUUAUAAUGUACUUCUUUACUGUAAUAUUUUGCUAUAAUUAUUUUUUCCCUGCAGUGAUCAUUUGAUUUAUGAUGGUUUUAAGUUUUGAUUUGAGUUUUUGUAACUCCAAGUUUUUUAUUGAUUAAUUGGUUGUUUAUAUACAAUUGUUGAUAUAUUGUAAAAUAUAAAAACUCUCUUCACUUAUAACUUAUGCAAGAUUUUUUACAAAUGCUAGUAAGUAGCAUUAUAUUUUACUUUAUACAGAUCUGAUUAAAAAUAUCUAAACUUAUGAAAAAAUACUUUAUUUAAAGAAAAGGGAAUUCGGAUACAUUUUAAUUAACUGAAAGCACAAAAAUAUGUCAAAUAUCACUUAUAAUAAUAUAUUUACAAUUAUACUGUUUACUCACAAGACGGUAAAUACAUAUAAAAGAUAAGUGUAAAUAUAUUAUUAAAAGUGUUAUUUGACGUAUUUUUGUGCGUCAAGGUAAUUUAAUAACACGUACGAUGCUGAACAAGAAGUUAUUUUAAUUAGCUAUUAAAAUGUAUAAGCAACAUAAAAAUAAAUUUAACUUUGCCUGACAUUGAAAGAAUACAUUUUAAGGUUAAUUAAUUAGCAUUAAAUUAUAAUUGAAUUGAUAUUUGUAGUUGAUCUGUAUAAAGUUCACAUUUUAUUGAUCAUAUUUUAUUGUGAAAUUGUAUUGGAGAGAUAUCAUACAAGAAUCAUUGUUUUAUUGUAGAAAAUCAAACUUGUAUUUGUACAUAACUCAAACAAGAGUUUCAAUGUAGAGUUUGAUUUAGAUGCAAGCCAAGAGAAAUCAUUUUUUACGUUGUAUCUAUAUUUUUCAUAAUCAUUUGCUUUUUUCCUUUAUAUGCUGGUUAGACAUUUUUUGUUUUGCAUUUGGAUCAAUUUACAUUUUCUUUAAUUGUUGAAGUUUUUGUACCAAGCAUAACAGUCUUACAGUUAAGCAAAAAUGUUUUACACAACGGUACAUAAUAGUGUGGAUCAUAUUGUUUUGGUUAGUUAUUGUAUUCAUUAAGUUCAUUUAAUAAAUAUGUUUAAAAAUGAA